AUGAAGAGCCCAAGCCAGAGCCCUCCCCCAGGCCAAGUUUUCCAAAGGCCUGAGAGCGUCUCAAGUUCACCAGUGGCUGGGGGGCGAUCUGACAGCCAAGUUGGAAGAGAAGGCAGCGCGCUGUACAACUUUUUCAGCAAAGUGAGUUCUGCCUUCGGCUUUCCCUUCGGCUUUUUCCAAAGCCGGCCCGAAGUCCGCACUUGGGGCGAAGAAGACCUGCAAGAUCCUUCAGUGCAGCCGCGGCCAGCAGCUGCACCAGUGGACUACGGCACUUCUUUGCCGGGCUAUCCGAAGCACGCUUGCGCCUAUUUCGACGGCACUUUCGGCCGUUCUAAAGGCUCCCCAGAGUUUAUUACUCUAUUUAAUCUUCUUGGAGUUCAAGACGACAAACUUGUGGGGCCCAGACUCAACGGAUUCCCCAUGUGCAAAGUCGACUACCCCAGCCUUCCCACCGACAGGCUCGGCACUCCUUCUUACGACUACCGCGAUCUUCUUGGCUACCGAAUGGACUACCACCCAUAUGUAAAUGCCGUCAUGAGCCCCGAAGAUCCUGCGCGCAUGUAUGUGUGCGCCAACUGGAUGGUUGGCUAUCCUUAUGGAGUUCCAGCAGUGGAGGAAAACGAGAAGGCGUGGAAAGCAAUGUCUUGA